UUUCUUAUUCCAAAAAAAAAAAGUUGGGUUAUUAGGGAUUCGGACCCUCUGCCUUGGCGAACUUCUUCUGCCAACUCUGGUUCUUUCCCCUUCGUUCGACCCUUGACUAUAUAUUAUACAGAAAACCCCGCUUCGACAACUUCAAUUUCCAGUUCCACGACUGCACAAACAUCAGCAAGUACAAGGACAAAUUCAACUGUCACUAUAGUGAAUGAGAAACCGUUGACUGGCUCGAAGGAUACUGAAGAUGAUUUGAAAAAGAGAGUAAGUUUCUUAAGCGGAUUUGUGGUGGCAUUCAAGGAACAAAGCCACACUGAUAUACAGCUUAAGCCUAACAAUGGGCCCUGCAUACCAGCACACAAGGCUUUGCUGGCAGCAAGAUCUGAAAUCUUUAAGAAUAUACUGGACUCAGACGGCUGCAAGGCUCCACCAAGGGGUACUGAUACAAUCACUCUGUCUGAGUUGAACACUGAAGAGCUUGAGUCUCUCUUAGAGUUUCUUUAUACUGGGAACUUGCCCUUAGAUAAGUUGGAGAAGCAUGUUUUCGCACUAUAUGUCGCAGCUGAUAAGUAUGAGAUUCCAUACUUACAGGAGUCCUGUGAACGUUACAUGCAGAAUUCCAUGAAUAUAUCUAAUGCUAUUGAAAUUUUGGAGAUUGCGGAUGCUCAUUCAAACACGAAACUGAAGGAAACUGCUUUGAACUUCGUUGUCCAAAACAUGAAAAGUAUAGUUUCCUCACAGAAGUAUGAAGAUUUUGCUUCCGGUAACCCGCAUCUUUGCGUGCAGAUUACAAGAGCGUAUGUUGAUGCGAAAAGCCAUUAACUUGGCUUGUUGAUGCUUAAAGCCAUGCAAUCAAGUGUAAGGGAAUGUGUAAAGAUCAAUAUAACUAUGACUUCUUGGAACAAAUUAUACUUUUAAUGAAUCACUGAACCAGUCCAUGUGUGAAUA